AUGGAAGAAAAAAUAAAUAAAAAAAGAGAAAGUUUAUUAUUUAAAAAAGUAAUUGAAUUGUAUGAAUCCAAUUCAAAUAUUGAGGAGAUCAGUCAAUGUUUAUUAGAUUCAUUAAACCAAGUUAAAGAAAAACCAACAAAUGAUAUCAAUGAUGAUAAUUUAUUAAAAAUUAAAAUAAUUUUUGCAUUGGGUAAAAUUUAUUUAAAAUUCAACUACAAUAUUUUCAAAUUAAUUAAAAUUAUUGAAGAAGAGUUAAAAAAGAAUUUCAAUGUAAGUCUGGCGUCAAUGUUGUAUAGAUGUUUUUACUUUAAGGUUAUCGAAGAGGAAAACGAAGAGAAAUUAAAAAAACAACUCAAACAAUCCAAAAUGUAUUCACUUCAUAAUUUCACUAAAAAUUUGAUUGAUAAUAUUAAAAAAGAAAAUAUUCAAGAUAUUUCAAUGUCAAAGUUUUCAUGUGUGCAAACUAAUUUAAAAAUCACCAACAAUGGAGAAAGAAUUGAUUUUGAAUUUAACUAUGAAAAUGAAAUCUAUGCUAAUUACAAUACAACUUUCGACAGUUUUGAAAAAAUACAUUUUAAAGUGCCAAUUAAUUUAGUUUCUUGUGGUCGUUAUUUCAUUACUGCCUUGGAUAAAAAUGGUCUGGUAUGGAAUUGGGGUGCUAAACAUGAACCCAACUCCUGUGGUCAAAGUACUCCACUUUUUCCUCUGCGAUUCAGGGGAAACGUAAAGUCUAUUGCCACAGGUUUCCAUCAUUCUUUAGCAUUGACCGACAACGGAGAUGUAUAUGGUUGGGGUUCAAAUAACUUUGGUUGUCUUUCAAAUAUUACUCGUGAUGGUACCUUUUCUCAUAAAAUCGAGCACAUAGAAAUGCCAGAAGAAAUUAUAAAGAUCGAAGCUGGGGGUUUUAAUAGUGCUUUCAUUUCAUCAAGUGGCCUUCUUUAUGUAUUGGGUAGAAAUGAUCGUCUUCAAUUAGGUUUCCAAGAUAUUCCAUCAACCUAUCCAAAUAUUGACGGAAGUAAAAAAGUUAUCAGUUUUGUACCUGAAAUAUCAGUUUCACCAUCAUUAUUACCACACGAAUUCUCAUCAUUUAUUUCAAAUCCAGAAUUUUCUGAUUUACAUAUCGAAUUUGAUGAUCCCGAUCAAAGCAAAUCAGAAACGGUCUAUGUUCACUCAGUAUUAUUAUUAUCAGUAUUAUUUGAAAACAACUCUCAAUUAAUAGAAAAUAUCAAAUUUUUAAGAGAUCUGUCUUUUAAAAACAACAAUAAUGGUGUAAUUAAAAUUAGUUUUGAAAAAUUUUUAAAACUUUCACCUACAACUGAAAAGAAUCAAGAAAUUAUCAAAAAAAUUUUAGAGCAACCACUUACCGAGCAAAAGAAUCAAUUCAUAGAUUUUAUUACAUUCAUUUACACAAAUAAUACAUCAAGAAGAAAUGCUGAAGCUUUGUUAAAUUUCCAUUGCAAUUUAUAUAAAUGUAAACCUUUAGAAGCCUAUUUAGUCGAUUACUUUAGAUAUAUUUCACCAGAUAGUAAUUUAAAAAUUCCAGAUCAAUUAUAUUCAGCUUCAUAUAACUCUAGGGAUUUCUUUUCGGAUUGUGUUGUUGUAAAUAGUGAUGGAUUAUCAGAAAUUUAUUGCCACAAGAUUAUUUUAUCACGUUUACCUUAUUUCAAGAAACUUAUUACCGAAUCAUCAGAAACCAAUAAGGAUGGCCUAUUAAAGUUGGUCAUAGAGAACAAAGAAAUCAAUAGUCCCCAAUUAACUUUAAUAAUUUCAUUUUUAUACUCUGAUCGUAUCAAAUUAGUCUCAAUUCCAUCGGAUUAUAUUACUGGUAACUUUAUCUUGUCUCUAUAUCAAAAUUCAAAAGUAUUCGAAAUGAAGAGAUUCGAAGAAGGUUUAUUAAAAUUGGUUUCACAAUCAGUCACUGACGAUAAUGCAAAUGCGCUAUUGAAUUGGUCAACACUACAUAAAGCAUCUCCACUUACACUAUUUAUAAAUGCUUUUCUUGGCAGAUAUCUUCCCCCAAAACAUAUCGAAUCCGGUAGAGAAGGUCUUUAUAAACCAAUGUGUCCCUUACCAAACGAAAGAAUAAUUGAAGUUUCAGUUGGUCAAAAAUUAAUGGUAGCUCUCACUGACGAUAAUAAAAUCUAUCAACUUGGUUAUGGAAGUGAUUUAAAAAAGAACACUGUAAAUUUAAUCAAAAUACCAUCACCAGAUACAAGCAGAAAGAUCAUCAAAGUAUCAUGUGGUAGCAGCCACGCUUUGGCAAUUACCGAAGAUUAUAAAGUUUACGGUUGGGGCUGCGGUUUAGAAGGUCAAAUCGUUGAGAAUAAAAGAAAAAUGUUUUCCGAACCAGAAUUAAUAAUCAAUGGUGACUAUAGUAAUAUGAAGGCUGGUUUCUACUCUGCUUUGUUUUGGAAUGAUCUUUCAACUUUUCCAUUGAAUUUUAACGAUGAAAAAUCUACCAACAAUAAUACCGAUAUUACAAAAGAAUUUGAAGGUUUAAAUUUAGAUGAUAAACAAAUUACACUCGAAAUUUAUAAUCCAGAACCCAUUCCCAAUAAUCGUUUAUGGUAUUUUAAACAUCUCAAACAAUUCAAAGAUAUUACAAGAAUCAAACAACAAAACAAUAUACAACCAACCUUGUCCAUCAUCAAAACCAAUGUCUCAAUGUUACCACCAUUUUUACUUAAAAGAUAUAUACAAGAAAAACAGAGUGGAGAUGUGGAGUCGUUAUCUUUAUUUGGAUUUUCAAAAGAAACAUUAGAAUUGCUAUUAUCAUUAAAAGAAACAACUAAUCAAGAAUUGAAAUUAAGAAAUUUAGCAAUCAUUCAAUCAAUCAAUUCAGGUGAUCAAUUAAUUGAUUUAUUAUUUUUAUCAACAAGUUUAGGUUGUAUCAACAUAACAAGUUUAAUUUUCCAACACUUAAAAAACAACCUUAAUUUAACAGAUUCAGUUUUACUUUUAUCUUUAAUCUACAAUUCAAAUUAUACAUUUCAAUUAAGUUUCCUUUUCAACUAUUUAUUAGGUGUCUUAAAUCACGAAAAAUAUAAAAUCUUAAAAAAUAAUCAUUUAACCAGACUAAUUCCAAAUUAUUUAUUAAAUUUAAUCAUUCAAAAUAAUUUAUCACCUCAGGAAAUUUUAAAAAAAAUUUUGCGCAAAUAA